GCUUGCAGGUUGCAUAUGUGGCAGGUGAGCACUGCCAUAGAGGGUUUAAUUUAUUUUAGGAGCGUGUUCACACAUACACUCACUCAGACAGGCCGAUGACAUUUUUUAGAAUAUGAUAUUUUUAUUCUGGUCGUGGUUAUCUGCCUGAAAGUAAUGAGACAGGAUUUCUGUGGUACUCUUAUCAUCUCACUAUUGCUCUCACUUUCUCUCCCAAACACCUCCCUAAUUUGGUCUCAUAUUUCUUAAAUACGUUAUCCUUUGCUUUUGUCCAUGUGUAUGCAUUUAAAACACAGCUAAGGAGAUAUAUUUACUGCAGUGUACGUGUGUCAUGCCGGGGUGCUGUAGAGACCUCUGCCUGCACUGACAGUCGCAUUGGCCUCUUAAAGAAACCCUCUCUCAUUUCUCUCUCUCUCUCUCUGCAGUGCCUCCCUCUCUGCUAAUCUCUCACUCACCUACUUUCUCUCUCGCUCACUGCGGCUCGUCUUUCUGCAGAUCUCGUGUUCUGUUGACGUGUGUGUGUGUGUGUGGUGGGAUGGAGUCGUGCUAUCAAUGAGUCCUACAGUUUGCAUUCGGCAGUGUAAUUGGCCUUCAGCUUGAGGUUUGUCUUUGUAUCAUACUACUACAGGAGGACAACAACAUACAGAGGGCUGGUUUUCUGCUGGUUCAGGGACUCUGGCUGUCAUGCAAGACCUGAGGAGUGAAUCAGAACGUCUUAAUGAGGUCAAGGGUCAUUUGGAAAUUGCCUUACUGGAGAAGCACUUCCUCCAGGAGGAAUUGCGGAAGCUACGGGAAGAAACCAAUGUGGAGACCAUUAAGCAGGAACUGGAAAGAGAACGCAGCAGAAGACUUGACCUAGAACAGAAGAUAAACGAAGUUCUGAAGUCCAGGUGUGAAGAUUCUCCACCUCAACCUUCACGCAAACAGCAGCCACCUGCAGCCAAUGGCACAGACAAACAACAGAAAGAGACGAUGUGCUUCCGGGUGCAGAACUGGCUCUAUGAUCGGUUCGGGGUUUAUAUUGAGGACUUCCGCUUCCAGCCUGAGGAAAAUACGAUUGAGGCUGAGGAGCCUCUAAGUGCUAAAAGAUUAACAGAAAACAUGCGACGACUUAAACGUGGUGCCAGACCUGUGACAAAUUUCUUAAGGAAUCUUUCCGCCUUAUCCAACUGGCACUCGGUGUAUACGUCAGCAUUUGCCUUCAUUAUCUAUAUGAACGCAGCGUGGCAUGGCUGGGCCAUUCCUUUGUUUUUAUUUUUAGCCAUUGUGAGGUUGUCAUUGAAUUUUCUCAUCGCCAGAGGGUGGAGAAUUCAGUGGAGUAUUGUGCCUGAAGUUUCAGAACCUGUGGAACCUCCUAAAGAAGACUUGACCGUGUCUGAAAAGUUUCAGUUAGUUCUUGAUGUUGCACAAAAAGCGCAGAAUCUCUUUGGAAAGAUGUCCGAUGUUUUGGAGAAAAUCAAAAAUUUGUUCAUGUGGGUUCAGCCUGAGAUUACUCAGAAGUUGUACAUCUCUCUAUGGGUGGCCUUCAUCUCCUCCUGCGUCCUGCCCUACAAGCUAAUGGGCUUUAUGAUUGGGCUUUACGCAGGCAUCAAAUUCUUUAUCAUAGACUUUCUGUUUAAGAGCUGUCCGAAGCUAAGAGAUAAAUAUGACACUCCGUACAUCAUGUGGAACAGCCUGCCCACCGACCCACAGCUAAAAGAACGAAACAACGCUACCGUGUCACGACGGCUGUCUGGGUGUGAGAAGAUACAGCCAGUUGUAUCACGGAGCAGUUUAGCCACCGUCCCAGCCGGAGUGACCAGAGAAGAGGAAAGCAGCCGUUCACACAACACAAAGAAAGGAGCAUUUCACGAGAUCUUUAACCUGCCGGAGAUCGAAAGACCUUUACCUGUAUGUGAGAAUGGAUGGAGAUGCUGUCUGAUAAACCGAGACAGGAAGAUGCCCACUGACUACAUUCGCAACGGGAUGCUUUACGUCACUGAGAACUACCUGUGUUUCGAGAGCUCCAGCUCGAGAUCAGGGUCUUCAAAGAAAAACAAAGUCAUCAAGCUGGUGGACAUCACAGAUAUUCAAAAGUACAAGGUUUUAUCAGUUUUGCCUGGAUCUGGAAUGGGCAUCUCUAUCGCUACGCCAUCAACACAAAAGCCGCUAGUCUUUGGUGCCAUGAUUCACAGAGACGAGGCCUUUGAAACGAUUUUUACCCAGUACAUGAAGAUCAUGACCACAGCCAACCCUGAGACGUAAAUCAAGUCUGGAGGACGUUUCAUUUGGACGGGACCAAUAUCUGACAUGCAGGAGCUCGAGUAAGAGCAUACAGUACAUUCCUGUGACACGGACACUUCCUCCUGAAGGGAUGUGGCCAGCUUCGCAUCAUGUGACUGUGAGAGUUUUUGGCUUGAGCGCACUGAAUAGUUUACAGACUUUGUGUUAUGUACAUGUUUCUCCCUGUGAUUCCUGGUUUCACACCAUCGGUUUAUCCUGGAGUGUUUUGUUAAGGAAUUUUAAGAUGCUUGUACUGUACAGGACAGUCCGUGACAUUUCAAAAACACUUUUUAAAGCAGUAUUUCCAACUAGUUUUUUUAGAUAAAUAUCUAAACAUCUUUAAAGUAUGAUUAUUUUACUUGAGAAGCAAACUUGUGUUCAUAUUUGUAUCUUGAAUGAUGUUUAUUAUUCUUACCUUGUACGUUUUCAAGUUAUUGAGUUAUUGCUUAAAACAAGUAAAAAAAAACUUAUUUUCAAGAUAUAUUGAUUAUAAAAUGUAAUGUUUUACACAUUUUUGCUUAUCAAGUAAAUCUAUUUUAUUUUAACAAUCAAAAUAUUUAGAGAUAUUUAGAUAUUUUUUCAGGAAAACUUUUUUUUUGCAGUAAAUGCAUUAAAGUGUUCAAUUACAGUGAUUUGCAGUAACAAAGUCUUUAUGAACUGAGAUUUAUGUAUUAAAGGUGCAGUGUGUAAAUUGUAGCGACAUCUAGUGGUGAGGUUGUGAAUUGCAACCAACGGCUCAGUCCACCACUCACACCUCCCUUUUGAAACGCAUAGAGAAGCUACUGUAGCCGCCACGGGAAAAAGAUGUCAUCGUCUGAGACAACUUAGUAAAAAGUUUGUCCGUUAAGGGCUUCUGUAGAAACAUGGCUGCACAAAAUGGCGACUUCCACGUAAGGGGACCCUCGUGUAUGAAGAUAAAAACAUUUCAUUCUAAGGUAAUAAAAACAUAACGGUUCCUUAUAAAAAGGUCUUUGUACACCACUGAUAAUAUAGUUUUGUAUAUUAUUUUGCAUUUCUGUCAAGAGGUCCUUCUAAAAAUUACACACUGCACCUUUAAGGAAAGAAGAUGUAAAGAAAACACAACUUUUUAACACGAAAACUCACAUAUAUAUAUAUAUAAAUGUAUAACUUAAAUGCACUUUAAGAUCAAAGCAUCUGGUAAAUGUGAUUUUCAUCAUUGAUUUGUUCUUAUGUGACCAAAUUUUGUUAUGUUUUACUAUGUGAUUAUAAAUACAAUUCGAAAGCUUCGGUAGUGGGAAAGAUGUCUUGUGAUGAAAAUUGUCAUUUGUGGUGUAAGCGACUGUUGGCAGUGCAAUGUGAGCCCAACUACUCAGUAACCAAAGCAAUUUUAGCAUAUUAACAGAGAUUUGCAGAAGCUACCUGAAGAGAAGUUAAAGUUUCACUGAUCAUUUUUACUAUUUUAUGUUGGUAAAACUUUCAAAAAAGGUAUACACUGCAAAAAAUUAUUUUCAAGAAAAAAAUUCUGAGUAUUUUUGUCUUGUUUUCAGUAAAAAUUUCUAAAAAUUCUUAAAUUAAGAUGCUUUUCUUUUCUUGAUGAGCAAAACGACCCAAGAAAAUAAGUCUAGUUUUUAGACCAAAAAUAUCACAUUUAAGUGAUUUUGUGCAAAAAAAAAAAUCUGCCAAUGUGGUAAGCACAUUUUUAAAUUUAGUGUUUAAGAAAAAUGUUCAAGAAUUUUUUGCUUACCCCAUUGGCAGAUUUUUUAUUUUCUUGGGUCGUUUUGGUCAUCAAGAAAAAGCAUCUUAAUUUAAUUUUUUUUAGAAAUUUUUACUGAAAACAAGACAAAAAUAAAAAAAAUUGCAGUGUACAUUUGUUAAAAUUAGUUAAUGUAUUAGCUAACAUAAACUGACAAUGAGGCCAAGCAAUUAUGAUGAGAGAGAUCACAUGACCUUCACUGUUUGUGCUCUCAUUGGUCACCAUAUUGUUUUGUGCCCAAGUUCAACUUAAGCUGAGUUUAUCGCUUUUUUGCUGCAAAUCACUGUAAAUCUCUUAUAAGACUGACAAAGAAAAGCCUUUUUACAUGUGUUUACAUUGUUGCUGUAUGCCCACAAAACACACAAACUUAUGUAAUCUCAUCUCUCCAAGUGUGCUUCAUGUGGAUUUGAACAGAAACUUUUUCUCAAGUUUUGUUCUGUAUGAAAGUGCAGUUUUAAACAGUAGCGGCCGGUGACUUCCGAGGGGCGCGAAUUUAAAAUAUGUGUUCCUUGUGUCACGUGAAUCUAUGUGCAUUAUGCGUCUUGUCCAAAUUUGCCUGCUGUCAAAACGGUUUACGUUUAAAAGAGACGUUCACAAAAUACUCACAAGACACUAAUUUAGUAAACUCCGAGUAUACACGAGAUCAAGCGAGUAUCUGGCAAACGCGAGCAUCACUUUUAUCAUAAACCCUCUAGAUGCGUGUGCAGCAGGCACUUAUUUUGACAAGAAGCAUGAUGCAAUUGGUUCACAUGACGUGCCAAACACAUAUUUUGAAAUGACGAACCACACACAUGAAGGGCUACAUACAUGUUGUGAGUUGUGGCAGCCAACAGAAUCAUUGUAAUUCAAAUAAUCUGAUUUAAAAACACUGUUUAGAUAUAAAGCAUUUUAACAGGUAUUUCAUCUAAAAAUGAUCAGAUAAAUUUACAUGCAGGCAGUAUAUCAUAGACUCAUAGAUUCAUAAAACUUAAACUGUAUGUGGCAAUGCUUAUGCCACUUUAAACUACAAUAAGCUACAGUAAUGUAACAGAUUAACAGUAUCAAAGACAGCAGUAGGCUAUACAUUUUUUUUUUUUGAAAACCGUCUUUGGGUGAAUCUUACAAAGAAAUAUUGUUAACUCUUUACAAUAAGGUUGUAUUUGUUAACAUUAUUUAAUGCAUUAGCUAACAAGAAAUACUAGCAUGUUCAUUUUAGCAUACUAAUACAUUUUUUAAAAAUUGUAGUAAUGCACCAUGAACUAACAUGAACAUUAACAAAGGUUAUUAAAUGCUGAACUUAAUAAUUUUCAGUUCAUGUUAUCUUAUGCAUUUACUAUGUUAACAAAUACAAACUUAUUGUAAAGUGUGACUGAAAUGUCUUAUACAAAUUUCUUUUAAUCAUCAGUGACACUGUAGCACUAAUAGCUUUGAGUUAUAAAUUAUUUGGACUGGUGUAAUGAUGCAGUUGAGCAUAAUUAAAGUAGAUAAACUAAUCUGAAACAUUCCAAAGAUAAUCGUUUCAUGGAAAAAUAUGCUUUAUGUCCUUCCAUACAACUGUUAGAAACUGUUGUGUGUAUUUUAAAGUACCAAACGUCCUUAUGAGAUUUGGAGGUGACCCUGUAUAGAUAUUGCUAAAUAAGUGAGCUGCUGCACUCUAGGAUUGCACUAAUGAAGCACCGAAUGUAUCCGAACUAGUAGUUUUGCCAAAUGUUGUUUCUUUAUAAUCAUUUUCUUCUUUAAUGUUGUCUCAAGCUGUGAUGUUUACAUAAAGGCUGGGUCUAUUAAGCCAGUUGGAUCCCUGCUAAACAGCCCGGCCCAGGGGUGUGAAAACUGCGACUAUAUUUUAAAAAAGAGUUACUGGGGUUAAAUAAAAAAAAUCCCAGUGACUAUUUGCUCACCUGCCUUUAUGGUAUUGGGUACAAGUGCUCUUACAAAGAGCAGAUGCUUUAUGAACUAAUUGAGAGUGUAUUGAUACAGUUCAUGGGUGAAUCUCACAAAGCCCGUAACAAACCAAAAUCAAAAAGUAUUUGUUGUAAUGCCUUAAAUUUAUUUUUGUUUUAACUUAAGUUUAAAUGUGUGGUUGGAAAUGUACCAAAUUGUCACCACAUCAAAUAUUUGAAUAUAAAUCCAUAAAUCCAAAAAUAUUUUUUGAUUUUGGGAUGAAAUGUGACACCCUUCUUUGUAAGAAUUACCCACAUGAUAAUACCAAAACUCUAAAAACAAAAUAUGAGCACCCUGUUUGUGUAGAUGGUCAGGAUGGCAUUUUUAUGUGGCACUAGAUAAUUUAAAUAUGUAUUAACUAUAUCUGUGUAAAAUGUUGGGUUAUUUUGCAAAAUAACUGAUAGGUCUAACAAAUGUAAAUGUUUUCGCUAGUGUUUUAAAGGUAAACAAAUAAAAAUGAUUUUAUAUAAAUAAAUAGUGUAAAAUAAGUUGUUUAAUUUAAAGAGAACCAUGUACUGAAUAUUGCUUAGUAAAUAUGUUGUACACUUUUUUUAAUUUAAGUAAAUUAAUGAAUUGCAUAAAUCCAGUUUGUUCAUUUUCUAAUGUCUGUUCAUUGGUUCAUACCUCAUAAAUUUAAAUCCCCCUCAGUUUACACAAUCAUCCUGUUUAAAAGUUUAUAUUCCCCUGACUCUUAAUGUGUUGUGUGACUUUAUUGAGCAUCAAUAAAUGUUUGUAUCUUUUGUAA